AUGUCAUUUUAUCGUUAUCUAUCAACAACAGUUAAAUCAUCUACUGGUAACUUUCAACCCCCGAUUCUUUCCGGAAUAGUUAAACAACUAUCAAAAUUUUCUUCUCAAAAUGAACUCAUUGAAUAUUCUCAACGGCCCAUAGAAUAUACUUUUCCAAAUAAUAUGAUCGAAUCUUGUUCACCACAAUAUUCGACACCCAUUGAUCUAAUCAAAAGAGCAUCAGAUCUUCGCGAUCAAUUAUUAGUACGCUUAGCACAUUGUUUAUAUUCUUUUCAAUCAAUCCCAUUUUUACCUGCUGCUAAUCCAACAUUAUUAUCUUUACACGAACGUUAUUUAAAAGCUUUUGAAAAUUUAGCUAGCUUCUCUAAAAUUGAAACAAUCAAUGAUGAAGAAAAAUUUUAUGAAUUUAUAAAUAGAUUCUUUAUACAAAAUAAUGAUGUUAUUGGAUUAUUAUCAACUGGUUGUAAUGAAGCACAAAAAUAUUUUAAAACCUAUAAAGUACUGAAAGGUUUUCUUGAUAAUGUUUUACAUAAACGUCUCUCAAUGCGUUUACUUACUGAACAUUAUCUUGAAUUACAUAAACAACAGAAAAGCAAUCAAAUGAAUUCAGAUUGGCGUGGCGCUAUUUCUAUGAAAUUUUCACCUGCCAAAGCAGCUCAACAAUGUAUUCAUGAUGUUUCUUCAAUAUGUUUUGAAACCUAUACUGUUGUACCACAUAUUGAAUUAGAAAAUAAUAUACAUGAGCCUAUACCAUUUUUUCCACAUAUUGUAGAAUAUAUUCUACGGGAACUAUUGAAAAAUUCUAUGCGUGCUAUUGUUGAAUAUAAUAAAGUAUCAUUUGGUAAUAUACAAAAUGUUAAAAAAUAUUUCGACGACAAUCGUGAUAAACCAUUAUGUAAAGUUGUUAUUUCAUCUGAUCCUAUUGAUGAAGUCUUUACGUUUGCUAUUAAAGAUGAAGGUGGUGGAGUUAAUGCAAGCUAUGAUGAAAUAUUUCGAUAUAUGUUUACUGGUAACGUAAUGGAAACAGAUGAAGCCAAUAAAGGAAAAAUAGAAGAAAUCGAUGUUUUAUCAGAUUUUCAAGAACGUAUGGUACACUCAUCGAAGCAAAUGUACGGCUAUGGAUUUGGUCUUCCUAUUUGUCGUCUCUACGCGAAAUUUUUUGCCGGUUCUUUAAAUCUUCAGCAAAUAUCAAGGAUUGGUGCUGAUGCUUAUCUUCGCCUAGGUUACAUACAUACUAAUUCUACGCGUGUCAAAAUUUAA